GUGACGUGACAUAUCCAUCCCACCUCUGCAAACAAGCUGCACACUUGCGCAACGCCAUGAGGUCACUCAGCCUCCAAUCCCUCCGCGGGCUGCGGCAGGUGCAGUCCAGACUCCCUCGCCAGACCAGCUGGGUCUGUCCGGGCUGUCAAUCGCAUCGUGUAGCGGCGACCCGAUGGAGCAGCUCCAACAGCUCGACGCCGACGACGGACAAGCCAUACUACAUCACGUCGCCCAUAUUCUACGUCAAUGCUGCUCCCCACAUUGGCCAUCUCUACACAAUGGUUCUGACUGACGUCCUCAAACGAUGGGAGCAACUCAAAGGCAACCAGGCGUUUUACACCACCGGCACCGACGAGCACGGAAUGAAGAUCCAGCGGGCUGCUGCCAAGGCGGGCAUGCCCCCGAAGGAAUUCUGUGACAAUAACUCUCGUAAGUUUCGGGAGCUGGCCACGGCCGCCGACAUCUCACACGACUUCUUCAUCCGAACCACCGAUGCGGACCACAAGAGCGCGGUAGAGCAGUUCUGGCUGCACCUCAAGAACACCCCGCCAGAGGGUCUGGGCCUGUACAAGGGUACGCAUGAGGGCUGGUAUUGCGUCAGCGACGAGUGCUUCUACGCCGAAGACGAGGUUCAGGCGACAGUGGUUCCGCAGACGGGACGCAAGACCAUGGCCGCAAUUGAGUCAGGAAGUGAGGUGGAAUGGGUCAAGGAGGAAACGUGGUUCUUCCCGCUGUCCAAGUACAAGGAUAAACUUCUCCGCUUCUACGACGAGAACCCCGACUUCAUCAAGCCCAGGAACCGCAUGAACGAGGUCCGGAACUGGGUCGAGAACCACCUCGAAGAUCUCUCCAUCACCCGUCCCGCCUCGAGACUAAGCUGGGGAAUUCCAGACCCCGAGGACAGCUCCAAUACCAUUUACGUCUGGGUCGACGCCCUAAUCAGCUAUGCGACCAAGGCUGGGUUUGGCAGCGACUGGCAGGUUACCAGCGCUAACAAGGGUCUCUGGCCGGCUGAUGUUCACGUCAUUGGCAAGGACAUUGUUCGCUUCCAUGCCGUCUACUGGCCUGCCCUGCUCAUGGCUGUUGGUCUGCCACUCCCUAAGAAGCUCGUCUGCCACAACCACUGGACCAUGUCAAACCGCAAAAUGUCCAAGUCGCUCGGCAAUGUGGUCAACCCAUUAUUCGCCCUACAGCGAUGGGACAUUGACCCCCUGCGAUACUUUCUCAUGCGGAAUGCUAGUUUCAGCAAGGAUAUGGGCUACUCCAACGACGUUAUUAUGGUCGUGUAUGAAAAGGAAUUGCAGGCCAACAUUGGAAAUCUUUUCCAACGCAUCUCUCGCGUCAAGGGCGGCAAGUGGUCGACUCUCGAGGCUGUGCAAUGGGCUCAGAAGGGCUUCGACAUGGCGCAGAUUGAGAGCCUACCCGAUGCCACAAUUUAUAUGAGCCUGGAAACGCACCUUGAAAAGGCUCCUCAAGAGUUCCGAGACCAGAUGGACGAUAUUAACCUGAGCGGAGCCAUCCGUGAGAUCUCUCAACUCCUCGCGCAGGCCAACCGAUUCAUCAGCGACACCGAACCCUGGACGCUCGUCAAGGACAAGAGUCCAGAAACGCAGAUGCGCCUCAACUGGAUCAUCUACCAGAGCGCCGACGCCCUGCGUAUCGCGGGUAUCCUCCUCCAGCCCAUCAUGCCCUCCAAGGCGGCAGAGCUGCUAAAAGGCCUCGGCGUGAAACCCGAGCGACGCACUAUCGAGUUCGCCGGGAAGGGCAAGGAUCUCGACUUUGGCGUAGCAGCGCAACUGACGACGAACCGGGCACGCGAUCGGGCAACGGCGCAGUGGGAGUCUCUGUUUCCGCCAGUGCCAGGCGUAGAGCUGUUGGACGAAGAAGCCGUGGCAGAAUUCACUGCAUCGGCGCCCUCCAAGUCAAAGAACCGCCUGAACAGAGUGUCUGAGGCCGUGGCGGAGCAGGCCCGUAAGGAUUAAGCCAGUGAAUGGGGUUCUGUUGGGCGACUGAAUAUGUACCAUUCCAUGUGUACGAUUCAGUCGGAGGAAAAUAUGUAAAAUAUGUAUGAUGUGUGUUUGAACAAUACCAUUCCAGUCCAAUCAAUAUUCGUGGCUCAUUAUAUGUGUUGCGAUGCCACUCAGGUUCGGUCUU